CGGCGGGCUGCGUGCCUACGCAGAGAGGCCUGACAGCGCCGGGGCUCGGGUCGGCCGCGGCGGCCCGGCUUUGUUUUUAGGCCAGGUCUCUGGGACCGGCCCGGGAAGAUGGUGCUGGGGGGCUGCCCUGUGAGUUACCUACUGCUCUGCGGCCAGGCGGCCUUGCUGCUGGGGAACCUGCUGCUGCUGCACUGUGUCUCUCGGAGCCACUCCUUUAAUGCCACGGCGGAACUGGAUCUCACACCCUCAGGCGCCGCUCAUCCCGAGGGUCCCGCGGCCCAGAGCUUGGAAUACAAGGACCCCAACUCUCCCGUCAUCCUUUGCUCUUACCUACCCGACGAGUUCGUAGACUGUGAUGCCCCAGUGGAUCACGUUGGAAAUGCAACUGCAUCCCAGGAGCUUGGUCAUGGUUGUCUCAAGUUUGGGGGUCAGGCCUACAGUGACGUGGAACACACUGCCGUUCAGUGCAGAGCCCUGGAGGGAAUUGAAUGUGCCGGUGCCAGGACCUUCCUCCGAGGGAAUAAGCCCUGUAUAAAGUACACCGGACACUACUUCAUAACCACGUUGCUCUACUCCUUCUUCCUGGGAUGUUUUGGCGUCGAUCGCUUCUGUUUGGGACACACUGGAACAGCGGUUGGGAAGCUCCUGACCCUUGGAGGACUCGGGAUCUGGUGGUUUGUUGACCUCAUUUUGCUCAUCACUGGGGGGCUGAUGCCUAGUGAUGGCAGCAACUGGUGCACUGUCUACUAAAAGCUGCUGCUGUGCCAUGCUGGCAAGGAACACGAGUGCUCAGCCACCAAACUCGUUACUAUAAGCUCUGAAUUCUCCUCUGAACAUCACGUCCUCUUCAGAAGGACAGACUGGAUUGUUCAACCCAAAUCUUACCUUGCAAACCAGAAACGGCAAGCAGUAUUCUGGGAGUCCGGUCAUACCGUUCCUCAUGACAAAACAGCAAAGAUCAAAGACAGUGACCUCUCCCCACAGAUCAUUCUCAGUGCUGUGUCUGUGAGGCUGGAUCUUCAGUCGUCUGGAGCAGGGGCCCAACAGGAUAAACCAAGUGGUUGUUUAUCCAUCCACAGCCUUUUGUGACCCUGAAUUUUCAUGCACAGAUCAGAAGCUGCGCCAAUGAGAAAUCUUCAGCCAAUAUAGAAAUGACCGUGGAUUUUAAUACACACCAAAACUCUGAGUCUGUGAAUUUAAAUUGCAGAAUAAAGCUUUAAAACCUCA